CCUCCUCACCCCUCUUCUCUUCCUCCUCUUCUUUCUGUUCCUCACCCCCUUCCCUAGGGAAGGAAGGAGGUGGGGGUUCUGUGCCCUGCAUCCUGUGCCUUUGUCUUGGAUCUGGGCAGUCCACUGAGGCCCCACAAUGAUGGAGAGCAGUGUAUGCAGACUGGCCCGGUACCUGGAGGAGCUGACAGCUGAGCAGCUCAAGAGGUUCAAGCUGGCUUUGACAGCCUGGGGCCCCCAGGACUCUCAGUGGGCCCGGAUCCCCUGGGGCCAGAUAGAGAAGGCAGACCGCCCAGACCUGGCUGUGCUCCUGGUCACUCACCGUGGAGCUGGAGGCGCCUGGCAAGUGGCCCUUCAAGCCUGGGAGAAGAUGGGCCUGAGGCAGCUGUGGGAGCUGGCGAGGAAGGAUGCCCCACCCUCGGAUGUUGCUGAGGCCCAGGGUCUGGAGGUGUUGCUGGCUCCAGAGGAGGUGUCUACAAGGUUGGAAGGAAAGGCAGGUUACAAGGAAAAGUACCGGGAACGAGUGCAGAAGAAAUUCCAGAUCCUGGAGGAGAGAAAUGCGCGCCUGGGUGAAUGGGUCUACCUGAGUCACCACUACACGCGGCUGCUUCUGGUGAGGGGUCACGCCAGCCCUCGGAGCAGAGAGCAGGAGCUGCUGGCCUCUGGGGAGUUGCAUGGGCACCUGCGGGAGGAGCGUGGAAGGCCCAUUGAGCUCGAGGCUCUCUUUGAUGCCGAUACAGGGGAAGGAGGCAGCGCCCCGACCACCGUAGUGCUGCAGGGGGUAGCGGGUAUUGGCAAGACCACCCUGGCCCGGAAGGUGCUGCUGGACUGGGCGUCAGGCACUUUCUACCCUGGCCAGUUUGACUAUGCUUUGUACAUCAACUGCCGGACUGUGGAGGUGGCGGCCUGGAGGAGCGUGGCAGAGCUGCUCUCAGGCUGGCUUGAGGGCACUGGCCCAGGUUCGGGGGUUGCCCCUGUGCCCACCAUGCUGGCUCUGCCUGAGCGCCUGCUCUUUGUCCUUGAUGGCUUCGAUGAGCUUCUUUGGGGUGCUGAGGGGCAGGAAGAUGGGGCCUGGGUCCCGACGGGGGAGAAGCAGCGGGUGGAUGUCCAUCUGAGGAGCCUGCUGGCAAAGAGGCUGCUCCCGGAGUGUUCCCUGCUCAUCACCACACGGCCCGUAGCGCUGGAGAAGCUGCAGCCGCUGCUGGAAAAGCCUCGGGUGGCCGAGGUCCUGGGUUUCCGCGCUCCAGAGAGAAAGGCCUAUUUCUACAAGUACUUCCCCGACGCGGGGCAGGCUGGGCGAGCCUGGGCCGCUGUGCAGGCCAAUGAGGUCCUCUUCACCAUGUGCUUUGUGCCGCUGGUGUGCUGGGCUGUGUGCACCGGGCUGCGGCAGCAGAUUGAGAGGGGUGAGGCUCUGGCCCAGACUGCGCGGACCACCACCACCAUCUACACGGCUUUCCUGUCCAGCCUCCUGCGUCCAGACCGGCACGGCCCGCCCAGAAGCCAGCCUGCUGGCCUCCGGGCCCUGUGCUCCUUGGCCGCCACUGGCCUGCGAGAGCAGAAGCUUUGGUUUCGAGAGCAGGACCUGGCCCGCCACGGGCUGGACGUGGCCACCGUCUCCACCUUCCUGCACAUGGACCAGGUUCAGCACGAGGCGGAGUGCGAAGCCACCUAUAGCUUCUUCCACUCUACUUUCCAGGAGUUCUUCGCUGCCCUGUUCCUGGUGCUGGAGCGUACUCAACGGCUCUUCGGUAGUCCUCGCCUGGGACAGCUGCUGAAGGGCACCUUCAGUUUGGAGGCCGAUCUCCCCCUGACCGUCCGCUUCCUCUUUGGGCUUUCCAGCCGGGAGAGAGCCAGCACCCUGGAGAAGAUGGUGGGAGCUCGCGUCCCCCGGGGGAGCCAGCGGGUCCUGCUCAAAUGGAUCCGGGCCCAGGCGGCCCAGUGCCCCGGGCGGGCAAAGACCCUGGAGCUGUUGUACUGUUUGUUUGAGACCCAAGAACCCGAGUUUGUCCAGCGCGCCAUGGGCUGUUUCAGGGAAGUGAAGGUGAGAGUUCGCACCAGGAUGGAUGGCCUGGUGGCCGCCUUCUGCCUCCGGAGCUCCCGGAGCACCCUCACAGUGGAGCUGGAUGGUCUGGGCUCAGGAGCCGCAGGCCUGGGCCUCCAAGAGAGGGACCUCACUGAUCGAGAAACUGGGACCUAUUCCCUAAAGGAUGUGUGCAAAGAUUUUUCCUCCGGGCUCUGGGUUCGAAGGAGUCUUUCUGAGCUGGGACUAGGGGAGGACGCCCUGGGGGAUUCCGGAAUGAGAUGGCUAUGUGAAGACCUCAAGCAGCCCACCUGCCCAUUUCAGUCGCUCCGGUUGCUGAACUGCUGGCUCACUUCAGAUUUUGCUAAGAACCUCUCCUGUGCCCUUAGUACGAGUCAGACCCUGACAAGACUGGAUCUGAGUUACAACCCCCUGGAAGACCAGGGAGCGGUAUCACUCUUCAGGGUGCUGGAACAUCCUAGCUGCAGGCUUCAGAGUCUGUGUCUAAAGAAAUGCCACCUCACCGAAGAGUCAUGUGAGAGCCUUGGCUCUGUCCUGGGCAUCAGCCAGACCCUGCAGUGGCUGGAUCUGAGCUUUAAUGCCUUGGGAGACCAUGGCAUGGGGCUGCUGUGUGGAGGCCUACGGCAGGCCAAUUGCCAACUGCAGACACUCAGGUUGGGAAACUGCAGCCUCACUGGCCGAAGUUGCCUUGACCUGGCCUCGGUGCUUAGCCCGGGGCCCAAGCUGCUCUGGCUUCACCUGAGGAACAAUGCCCUGGGAGACUCGGGCUUGCAGCGGCUGUGCCAAGGCCUCAGGGCCCCCCACUGCAGGCUGAGGAAACUCAACCUGGCCAACUGCCGCCUCACCCCUGCCUGCGGCCCCAGCAUCUCCUCCAUCCUGAGUGCUCCCAACAGCAUCGAGGUCCUCCUCCUCAGUGGCAAUGACUUGGAAGACAUGGGGAUUCAGAAACUGUGUCAGGGCCUGAUUCACCCCAACUGUAAAGUGCAGGAGCUGAAGCUCCAACGGGAGGUGGCCCACCUUCAGUUACGAUGACCAGAUCCGGUGGUGUGACCCUAUUAGCCUUCUUUUCUAUGGCUCCAUGAAGGGAUGUCUCCUGUUUCAAAGGAAUUCCAUGAAUCGUCUGCCUACACUGGGUCUUCAAUGCUCUUCCUUGUUUUUGGUGAGGAAGGGUUCAUCUUUCCAGAGAUGCUAGAGGCUCCUGUCCUCUGGGCUUCAUUGACAUUGUAGGCUUUUGUUGGGACACUUUGCAAAUUCUGCUGCAACCUGUGUUACAGUUCUGAGAGUGGUGGCCUAGACUGAGACGGCAGAGGAACUGAUCACUUUCAGUGCUCUUUUCCUGUUUAGUUUAGAUUUCAGGAUGCCAGUGAGUCAUUGGAUUUAUGCAGGCCCAGUUUGAUCCUUGAUGUGGCUUGUUUAGGGGAGGCAAAGGGUUGGUAGGUAUCUCCUUCAUCCCUGAGUCGAUGUGUCUUUCCGUGGUGGGUGUUCAGAAUUUUACUCUUCCUUGGUUGUGCCAAAGAUUUUCUGAUGCCAUGAGGUAGAGUAGCUGUUUCUGGCUUGGCCUGUAGAUGUCCAUGCCAUCCCUGAACCUUCAGGACUUUAUAGGACAGGUUGAUGUGCUGUACUCAGUUCUAUUCACCUGUGGUGACUAUGGAUUUGGUGCUGAGCAAAAUGACCCUAGUCUCCAUCCCUCCCUCCCCUCUCCCCUCUCUCCUCUGUCUGUCUGCCUGUCUUUGUCUCUUGGUCUAUCUCCCCCAAUUCCCUUUCUCUCUCUCUCUCCUCUCUCUGUCUGUCGGUCGGUCUGUCUGUCUCCUCUCCUCCUUCCUCUGUCUCCCUCUUUCUGUCUUUCUCUGUGUCUCCUAAUUUCUUCAUUUCUCAGGCCCCUUCAGGACAGUUUGUGAGCAAAGACGAAUUGCUUAUUUUGUAUUUUGUGCUCUGCUGACUCCUGUCAUUCUAACCUUUUGGCUUUUCCUCCAGAAGGCCGAGGAUUGGCAUUUCAGGGGAUUUGAUCUGGUGUGUCAUGCCUUCCUGUGGUAUUCGAGUACCAUGGGGCACCCCACCCUCUGUUGAUGAAUAGGGACAGCUUGCAGGCCCACACCACCCUAUUUCAGUCAGUCAGCCCCCUCUUUAUCAAGGGCUUACUAUGUGCCAGGCACUGUCCCAAGUGCUAGGUACAAAAGCAAAAAAACAAACCCAACCAUAGUCCCUGCCCUGAGGAGCUCACAGUCUAUGGGGGAGACAAUAGGUAAAUACCAAGGUACAUAGGAUAUAUGUUAAGAUGUGAUUUUAGCUGAGUCUACAAGGAAAUCUGGGAAACCAAGAGGUGGUGAGGGGAAGGGAUGGAGGCAGCCAGUGGGGAGAUGGAGUGCACUACAUGAAGAAGAAGGAGAGCACGUCCAGGGGAAUGAGGUGUAAGAAGCCUGGAAAGGGAGAAGGGAUUAGGUUUGAAGAGCAUUGAAUGCCAAGCAG